AUGUCGUUCCGCGCCAGCCGCACGCUCCUCAACGCGGGCAAGAACUAUGCCUCGCCGCACGCCUACACCUACAAGGAGGGCAAGACGCCCUUCUGGCGCAAGUUCCGCGAGACCUUCUCGGCCAAUCCCGAGAUUUCGUCUGGCCUGCCCGACCCGACCAUGAACCGCUACCCGCAGCCCGCAUCGCGCACCGAGAGGGCCAUGGUCCCGCCCUCCAAGGCCAGCGACCCCGCAGACAACCUCUACGCCGACCGCGACUUUAGGCGCAAGUACCCCAAGCUCGAGAUGAUCACCCAAAAGGACCUCACCCAGCUCCUACUCGCCAGCCCCAACGAAGACGGCACAAAGACCCUGCAAGCGCCCGAGGACACGUCCAACACCACCGCCCUCACCCGCCCCGCCGACCUCGACUCGCCCACGGCCUUCACCGACGUGCUGGCCCAGGUGCACAAGGCGUCAGAGACCAAGCCCGCCGGCUUCUACUCGUCGUCCAACCUGCCCCCGCGCCCGCCCUUCAAGACGCCGCACUCGAUCCUCAAGCUGCAGAAGGGCGCCGUGCCCCACGACCCGCACGCCUACUACCCGGCCGAGAACUACGCAUAG